AUGCCCAACUCCACUGGUGCUACUCUUGUUGCUGCUCCUCCUCUUCGAAGUCAUCUUGCCCAACGCCACCGCUCAUUCUUCUUUCUUUAUGCCUCCUCUUUAAAAUCGUUUUGCCCGACUGUCAGCCUGCUAGUUCUGAUGCCCAUGGCGCUCCUCCUCUUCGGCGCCUCACUGUCCAAUGCUCCGAUGCUCCUGCGCUUGCCACUCCGCGUCUUCGAUGCCGCCUUGCCCAAUGCUGCAAACGCUGCUUCGUUCAAUGAUCUUCUUCGAUAUUCAAGUCGUAGUGAGGGACCUUUCGCCGUGCGAUGCCGGCGACUGAUUUUGGACUGCGUUUCGAAAAGGAGUUUGUCAACGAGCUCAACUGAGGGUAUGGAUCUUGAUCAUCGCUUUGGUAUUAACGAUGUUUCAGUUCGAGAACAGUUGCAGAUCUCGCAAUUCUGA